AGCACCGUUCUGCCCCAAUUCACCCCUACCCCCCUCGGUGGAUUCCCCCUCAUUCAUAUGUCACACUCGGCACAAAUCUUUGACCACCUAGACAACAAGGUGCUCCUAGCCUGGUUCCAGGUCGAACACCCGAAAUUUGUCGUCCGUGUAUUUGACUGCACCGGAAGGGAUGUAUCUGAGAAAGCAGCCAUUCUUGCUGAACGCAUCCGGGCCAACAUCGCGGUAGUCGCGAACUUUAUCCAUCAAGGAGCACAACCAGUGAGAGUCUCCCCCCCCCAACCGCAAGGCGGGAAAGAUGUGAAGGAGCUCCCCCUCAGCUUCCUCGUCCAUAACAUAUCCUUGGAAGCGAGAGACCUCAUUGUAUCACAGCGCAUAUGGUCUACCUCGGACAUAACCUUUGAGGCACGCCCCUUCAGCUGCUACCGCCCACCUGACCUCCUUUUCUGUAUCACCGGCUUCACGACCUCAGACACUGACGUAAUAACAAAAACAGUCGCGGACGUCUGGGCAUACGAAGACAACCGCGCCCAGAUCAACGACAUCCUCUCGAUGAGUGAGAUACCAGAAGAGAAGGUCCAUGUGGCCAUGUGGGACUUGAUUAGAUCCAUCCACGUAGAGCGUCUCGACUUUAAGAUUGCUGGCGGCCUCCCAGUCCCCCGCUUCAACAUUUUCGCGCACAGCCCCACCUGUGAUGCAAAAGCUUGGACAGAACUGCGCUCCUUCCUCCACAUACUGGAGUACCCCACGGGCCUAGACGGCUGCGGCGCCGCAGUCGCCCUGACCCCUUGCCCCAUUUGCCACUCCAUUGCGCACCCCCGCGGCCUAUGCCCCUUCCCCUCCGUCCCACAAUGGAACAGCCCGAAGACC